AUUACAGAGCAAGCAAGCCAAUCUUAUGGAACCAGUGUAAGUGGCAGCAAAUGCAGAUGACAGAAUUAUAAUAGAGCUUUAUGCUAUGAUUCUACUCUAUACUCUAUUAUACCAUUAUGGUAAACACUUUCUAUGACGUAUAGACCUAUAAUGCUUUAUAGUGCCUUUUCAUAGCGUUACCACUAAUGGCUGUUUUUGCUAAUUAUCUUGCUGAUUAGGUUAAGUGACUUUGGGUGUUUUGAAAAGCGCUGAAAAUAAAAAGUUGCAUUAUUAUUAUUCAGGAGGACUGAAGUGCUGACUGUUACCCCGUGGCUAAAAUAGUUUUUCUUCCUCCUUCUUCCUCUUCCUCCUCCUUCUUCCUCCUUCUUCCUCUUCCUCCUCCUUCUUCUUCCUCCUCCUUCUCCUUCUUCCUUCUUUCAUCGUUCUUCUUCCUCUUCCUUCUUCCUCCUUCUUCCUCUUCUUCCUCCUUCCUCAUCCUCCUUCUUCCUUCUUUCAUCGUUCUUCUUACUCCUCCUCCUUCCUCCUUCUUCCUUCAGGAGGACUGACGUGCUGACUGUAACCCCGUGGCUGGCUCCUGUAGUCUGGGAAGGGACUUUUGACCCCCAGGUCAUAGACGAGGCCUUUAUGUCCCAAAACCUCACCAUCGCUACCACUGUGUUCGCUGUAGGGAAGUAAGUCACAGACUCCAUGUGUAGAAACACCACUUCUGUGUGCAUGUGUCUUCUUUUAUGCACAUUUUAAGGCCUCUCAGGCCCAAAAGAAAUGUCUGCAUUAUUCAAACCCUUAUCAUGGGGGGACUAUUUUUGUGUCUCAACUGGUGUUAAGGAUGUCAUGCUGCUUGCUUAACGAGUAUCGCUUCCCCCUGAUUUGGCUCAUUAUGAUGUGGAAAAUAAUGUAUUAUUAAAAAUCAAAGUUCUUACAGAGUUUUUGUAGAAUCGAGAGACUUUAUUACAAUGGACAAAGCCGGGGUGAUUUGCAAAGCAUCCUCCCUUCUCUCUUUCUGCCCCCCAGUUAUAUAGUCCCAUUCUCAUCCCUUCUAGCUCAAAACCCCUCCCUCUUCAGUUUCCCGCCCUCUAUCGCUCCGCCCACUUCCUUUGUCUAUGAUGGCGGCUAAAUUAAACUUUUUAUUCAGUUCAGAAUCAAUAGUAAUACAAUCAAUCACGCCCUUUGUCUUGCAAAAACACUCAUGUUUAGUUUAAACCCGGCUCCCCCCGGGCUUGACCUAAAGAUUGAUUGUGGGACAUGACAGGUCCACACUUAAUCUUUUAAACAUACCCAAAACCCACCCCAUCAUGCUGUAAUCAAUCAAGAAGAUAGCCAAAGAGAGACAACGGGUUUAGACCUGGGCCCGUAUCUCUAAAGAAUUUUUGUGCAAAAAGUGGCUCCUAGCGGCCAAAUUCUAAGAAAAUUCUCAGAGGCAUGACGUUUUCUUAGAAUUUCCCCUAAAAGUGACACGAAAAUCCCAGUUAAUAUAAAAGCUAUUCCUCAAGAGUCCUAGCGCUUAAAAGGGCUCCUAAGGCGAGAUCUGCUAAGAGCAGGGAAGAUGACUUUUAGUGGCUUAGGAGUUACCCUAAGCAGCUGCACAAAAUGGCCAACAGAGGAGGCAGGAGAGAUGUCCAGCAAACACUGGAUGACAGGGAAUUAUUGAGACGCUACAGAUUGGAUCGUGCAGGAAUCAUGUUUGUGGUGGAUCUCCUUAGAGAUGCAAUUACUUCACCAACUCGACGCCACAACGCUAUUACAACCGGAGAAGAAAGUAAUCACAACCCUGAGGUAUUUGGCAACAGGGAAAAUGCAACAAUGCAGCAGUGAUGACUUGGGUCUGUCCCAAUCCUCCGUCAGCAGAGUCAUCACCCAAACACUGACAGCUUUGUCACAACCUAAUAUUGUGACACAAUUUGUUUCAUUCCCGCUGGAUGCCCGCACUUUACACACACAUAAAAGGGCAUUUAUGGACAUUGCAGGAUUCCCUGGCGUUGUGGGUGUAAUUGAUGGAACACAUGUGAGAAUAAUUGCGCCAUCAGAGGACGAGGCUGUCUUUGUUAACAGGAAGAAUUUCCACAGCAUCAAUGUGCAAAUAGUGUUCAAUGCGGCCUGGAAGAUUUUGGACAUUGUGGCUAAAUGGCCAGGCUCCACACAUGAUGCGAGAAUGCUCUCCGAGAGUGGCAUCAGACAGCUUUUUGAGAGACGCUAUGUGCCAGCUAAUUGCCACUUGUUAGGGGACAGUGGCUACCCAUGCAAACCAUGGCUCCUUACACCUUACCUCCAGCCACGCCAAGGGCCCCAACUAAACUAUAACAGGUAAGCCAAACAAUACAAAAAUCAUGGAAAUGAAAUGCAAGCAAUAUGUUAGAGCAUCCAAGUAGUGCAAUAUUUCCAUCAAAUAAUUAAAGGUCUGUAUUCUAUUGUAGGGCCCACAAGACAACAAGAGCGGUGGUGGAGCGUGGCAUAGGCCAGCUUAAGAGGCGCUUUCAUGUUCUCCACGGAGAGGUGCGGCUGAGGCCUGAAAAAGUCAGCAAACUCAUCAUAGCCUGUGCAAUAUUACACAAUAUUUGCAAGGUUAGACAGAUUGCAGAACCUCUGGAGGAUGGCGAUGAGGAUGAGGAUGGAGACAACGAUGAGGAUGGUGGUGAAGAAGAUAUUCACAUUCCACAGGGGAACCUAGCCCAGAGUGGACUGCCUUACAGGGCAAACUUCACAAAUUUACAUUUCAGGCAAGCUGUAGCCCCAUGUCAUUUGAGAACUUGUGAUGGUAUUAAGAACUACCACAGUUUUACUGCACAUCACCUGCAACUGUUAAAUGCAAGACACAGAACACAAUCUCUAAAUGGUUUAUUUUUUAGGUGUUCAAUUUUAAGGCGGUAGUACUCCUCCUGAAGGGAAAGGACUUUUUUUUGUUGUUCAAACACAUCAAUUGUGAGUUGCAAUCUUCUCUCCUGCAGGGAUGCUGACGGAGCAGGUGCUGCGGAUGGGAAUGGUGUUUGAUCCGCCGGGCUAUCCUGAGUAGCAGCUGCAGAUGGUUCAGGCGGCAAACUUGAUGGGCCCGGUUCUUGUGAUGGCUCCAUGCUACAGAAAUACAUAGGCCUAGUUUAAUUAUUGUUUUGAUUAAAUUAAUUUAAUACAAUGAGCAUGGAUAACACAUGAAAUGGCUUCUGCAAUGAAUAAACACUGUUGAUAUGAAUAACCCUGUGUCCUACCUUUGCUGCAUUUCAAGGGCCUGCAUCAUUGACGUGUCAAUGCCUGUUGGCAGCCCGGUGACACUGACCUCAGAGUGUCCCAGGACUUGAAAGACAGUGUCGGCCACCUGGGACAGCCGCUUUGCAGGUGGUCCACCCCCUAGAAAGAAACAGUCAAUGAACACAGUACUUAGGCAUGUAAAUUAACUUUGCCAGCAGGAGCAAAUUGCCAGAUUAUGUGGUAGGCCAUAGUAUUUUGCUCACCUGUGAGUGAGGAUUCCCGCUUGUGUGCUGCAAUCUCAUCUUUUGCCUUGGACUGCAGCACAUACCACCUUUUCUCACAAUCGUCGCCUGUCCGCACCACCAGUGGAAAAGAGGCAUUGAUUGUUUGGGAUAUUGUGUCCCAGGCGCGCCUCUUGCCUUGGCUAGUGACAGUUGGGCCAAAUUUUCCUCGUAACAUACCUUUAUGUUCGUUCACCAACUGGGCCAGCAACAAACCUUGCUCCUCAGUCCAGUUCGGCUUGCGAUUCCUUUUUUUCUCAAUUUUCUGUGUUUGUAGGAUAUUUGUUAACAAGCCUUCAUAAAUAGACCAGCCAGCAAUCACAGACAUUGUUAAAAGCUGAGCUGUGUUACCCUCGUUAAGUUCACACUGAGUUGUAACGUUGCAAUUUCUACUUCAUUAAGGACAGCCCCUUGAGAUAGGCCAUCUUGUUUUCAAUGGGGUCCAUAUGGAAGUGAAAGUACAAAAUAUGCCAGCUAGGAUAUUAAUAUGAGCAAAUGAGACACAAAUCAUUAUUUGAACAGGGUGUAAUGAGCUUAAGUUUUCACAUAUUUUAGAUUCUAAUGUUAGGCUAUAACCCCUACAGCUUACUAUUCAUUUUCCAGAUAUUUUCUUGAAUGUGAAAUAUUAUUUACAAUUAUAGUCUGCAUAAGAUUAGAGUGUAUAAUUAUGUUUAUUGAUUUGAGGGUACAUCCUUUGCUCAUUAUCACCAAAAGUUCAUUUUCAUCAAACUUGUAGGAUCAACCAAUCACGGCUUUUGAAAUGAUGACUCAUACCUAGCAACGGGGUCAACCACACCUCCUCACUAAAAUAGGAUUUUUCAUCCAUUCCUGGCUCAGAGUUCACUGAAAAUGUUCUGGAAUCACUUCUAAGCUAAAACUCCUGGCAAGGAAUUUUUAGGUUAAGUUAGGAGCUCUCUGAGAGGAUUCUCAGAAUCUUUAAGGAUACGGGCCCUGAACUCUGUUCAACCCUGGUUCGCUCCAGGGAUCUGCCCAAGGAGAGCCACGGGGUCAUAGUCUGGUUGCAAUCACAGAUGACACAAGACAACUGUAGUAUUUGACCCAAUGACAGGUCAGAUGCCCAUUUUACACACACACACACACAAACCUAGUGAGAGGAAUUCACUAAGUUCUUGCCUAGCAACAGAGACGUCCGUGAUUUAACUUUGUUUAGCACAUAGUUCACAAAAAAAAUAAAAAUAAAUCUCCCUCAAUGGCGAGGCUCGAACUCAGAACCUCUGCCUCACAAACACACGUGACCCCGCCCCUACUGAAGCGUCUUACUCCGCCGUGCCACUGAAAGCUAUCCGGCAGCGCAAGUGGGGAGACUUCAGGCUGAGGAGUGAGUUUCACAGACGACCCGUAAUGCUACGCUGGCAUCUUGUUCCUGUGUAUAGUGAACUACUUAACUCUAACCCACAGGGCACCCAUAGGGGCUCUGGUUAAAAGUAGUUGUCUAUAAUAGGGAGCAUACUAUAGCUUUAUAUAAAUCCUUUUUGCGUCGUGUUUCCCGAUUUAAAAAAAAAAAAAAAAAAUGCAAUCUCAUGUUAACUCAGUCUGUCUUCUCAAACCGUCUUGUCCUGUACCUGAAUGUUUUCUUAUUUUCUCCAGAUCCACGCAUGUAAUAAAUCGACUGUUUUCCUACGUAGAUUCACCUCUCAUGUUUCCAUCCAUCGUUGAAGAUGUAGUAACUCCAGUUCUGUUCGUUUCACAGACUUACUUGUUUUUCCGUCUCUAUCCAUCCUUACAGAUACACUCGUUUUCUUCGGGACUUCUUAGAGUCCGCUGAGAAGCACUUCAUGGUGAGAAUCCAGAACUGUCUAGCAAAUGGAUUGACUGUUUUAUAAUAUAAAGAAGGUCCAGGGAUUACUCUUUUAAAAGAAAUAUAAAGACUACUGUAGGAGUGAUUAUGCAGGAUUAGGUCCACCCCUGCCCGUGUGAUCUCAUUCAUUGGUCCAAAUAUUUAAUGUAAUUCAAUUUGUUUUAAAUCUAUUCAUUUUUUUCAUCCUUUUUUAAUUCAAUUGAAUUCAAUUCAAAUCGUUAGAAAGUCCGUCCCAUUCAAUUCAAUUCCAUGUGAUUCCAGUUGGGACUGGACGUACACUACUACGUGUUCACCGACAUGCCCGACGACGUGCCCGACAACGUGACUCUGGGUGUCGGCAGACUGCUCAGCAUCGUGAGGGUGCCAAAGUUCGACCGCUGGCAGGAGAUAUCCCUCCGCCGCAUGGAGAUCAUCCAGGUUAUUAUAAAUAAUAUAUUACAUCGUUAUCACAUUGAAUCAAAUCACAUUGAAUUAAAGUUUAUUUUCAUGCACACGGGAUACAGCAUACUGUACAUAGAAUAUUGAAAUACUUACUUACAAGCUCUCCUCUCAGUACAGUAGCUUUAGAAAUACUAUGGAUGAUCUACAGAUGCUCAAAACUAUCAGUUGCAACUCUGUUGAUAAUAGGAAAUGGUUAGGGAUAGGUUUAGGGUUAGGUUUAGGGUUAGGGUUAGGUUUAGGGUUAGGUUUAAGGUUAGGUUUAGGGUUAGGGUUAGGUUUAAGGUUAGGUUUAGGGUUAGGGUUAGGUUUAAGGUUAGGUUUAGGGUUAGGUUUAGGGUUAGGUUUAAGGUUAGGUUUAGGGUUAGGGUUAGGGUUAGGGUUAGGUUUAAGGUUUAAGGUUAGGUUUAGGGUUAAGUUAGGGUUACGAUGAUAUGCCUAUUGGGUUAUUGCAUAUUAGAUAGUUGAAAUGUUGUUGACAGUAGACUUUAUGGACUUUGUGUAUUAUUAUUAAACCAAAUUUCCAUCUGAGGACAAAGUUUGAUUGAUUUGGUUGGUUGAUUGAAUAUCUACUGAACAUCCACCAAUCUUGUAUUUGGGAGCAGACUGCCAUUAAGGAUUACAUCCACCAGGGGGCAAACUACAUCUUCUGCCUGGACGUAGACAUGAGGUUCCACGGCCGUGUGGGGCCAGAGGCUCUGGGGAGACUGGUGGCCGCCAUCCACCCCUGGUAAUGCUUACUUACUUAAAGGGCCAGCAUCCACUCCUGCUAAUUCUUAUUUAAAGGGCCAGCAUCCACCCCUGGUCAUUCUUACUUACUUAAAGGGCAAGCAUCCACUCCUGCUAAUUCUUACUUACUUAAAGGGCCAGCCUCCACACCUGGUAAUUCUUAUUUAAAGCACCAGCAUCCACCCCUGGUAAUACUUACUUAAAAGACCAGCAUCCACCCCUGGUAAUACCUACUUAAAGGACCAGCAUCCAUCCCUGGUAAUACUUACUUACUUAAAGGGCCAGCCUCCACCCCUGGUAAGUCUUACUUACUUAAAGGGCCAGUAUCCACCCCUGGUUAUGCUUACUUAUUUAAAGGACCAGCAUCCACCCCUGGUAAUUCUUACUUACUUAAAGGGCCAGUAUCCACCCCUGGUUAUGCUUACUUAUUUAAAGGACCAGCAUCCACCCCUGGUAAUUCUUACUUACUUAAAGGGCCAGUAUCCACCCCUGGUUAUGCUUACUUAUUUAAAGGACCAGCAUCCACCCCUGGUAAUUCUUACUUACUUAAAGGGCCAGUAUCCACCCCUGGUUAUGCUUACUUACUUAAAGGGCCAGUAUCCACCCCUGGUUAUGCUUACUUAUUUAAAGGGCCAGUAUCCACCCCUGGUAAUUCUUAUUUAAAGGGCCAGUAUCCACCCCUGGUUAUGCUUACUUAUUUAAAGCUCUGAUGGAGGAAAAUGUUGUUGACCACUGUGGUAUUGCAUGCACCUACAUGCUGACUACUUCCUGUUGACCUCUUUCCAGAUCUACCUCGCAAAAAGAUGAUUUCUAACCUCAAGGGUCUUUGUUAAAAAGGUUAAGUAAUAAUACAAACUGUCUUGUCUUGCAGGUUCUACAUGUACCCCCGGAGCCAGUACCCCUACGAGCGGCGGACCGUCUCCAAAGCCUACAUACCCCAGGACCAGGGAGACUUCUACUACCAGGCCAACAUUUUCGGAGGAGCGCUGGAGGAUGUUCACCGGCUGACCAAGACUUGCAGUGAGCACCUGGAGGUAAGCACUCACGCACACAGGCAUACAGUUAGUCACUCACAUACAGUACUCACUCACCCCUCUCUCUCUCCCUCCCUCUUCCUUCUCCCCCUCCCUCCCCCCCUCCCUCCCUCCCUCCCUCCCUCUUCCUUCUCCCCUACCUCCCUCCCUCCCCUCCCUCCCUCCCUCCCUCUCCUCUUUUCCUUCUCCCCUCCCUCCCUCCUUCCUUCUCCCACCUCCCUCCCUCCUCCCUCCCUCCCUCCCCCUCCCUCCCUCCCUCCCUCUCCUCUCCCCCCUCCCUCCCUCCCUCUUCCUUCUCCCCCUCCCCCUCCUUCUCCCCUCCCUCCCUCCCUCCCUCCCUCCCCUCCCCUCCCUCCCUCCCUCCUCCCCCCUCCCUCCCUCCCUCCCUCCCUCCCUCCCUCCCUCCCUCCCUCCCUCCCUCUCCCUCCCUCCCCUCCCUCCUCCCUCCCUCCCUCUUCCUUCUCCCCUCUCCUUCUCCCCCUCCCUCCCUCCCCUUCCUCCUUCUCCCUCCCCUCUUCCUUCUCCCCCCCCCACCUCCCCCCCCCCCCCCCUCCCUCUAGGUUGAUAGGUCAGUGGGUGUGGAGGCUGUGUGGCAGGAGGAGAGUCAUCUGAACUGGUACCUGGUGAGGAACAAGCCCACCAAGCUGCUGUCACCUGAGUAUGUGUGGGACGACGCUAAAGGACGGGACGCCAAGGAGAUAAAACUGGUCCGCUUCUCCUCUGUCAUUAAGAACAAGGCAGAGGUCAGGGAGAACCUGUGAGAGAAGAAGAAGAGGAAGAGGAGAGAAAGGAUAUUUUUUCUUUUUAACACAAGCUGCAGGCAGGAGAGGAGAAAGGUGGGAAGGAGGAGAGGAGAAGAAGAGGAGAAGAGGAGAGAGAGAGAGGAGAAGAAGAAGAGGAGAGAGAGAGAGGAGAAGAAGAAGAGGAGAGAGAGAGAGCACUUAUCUUUAACACGGACUGUGUUCCUUUUCUUGGUUGUGGUAUACAUCUUUGCACACUGCUCUUUUUGUUCAGAGAAAUAUGACUUUGUUUUUGUUUAGUGUCUUUGUGACACAGACUACGCUCGAAAUGACUCCCUAUUCACCCCAGAACUCCUGGUUAAAAGUAAUGCACUAUACAGGGUGGCAUUUCAGACGUAGCUAUUUUUACUGUAUGUACAAUGGGGUCCAUCAUUUUUUUACACCAUUUUGAUAAUUGAUGAGAAAAAAAAGACUGUGUAUAAAAUAAAUAAUGCAAGCCUAUGCUAAAAUAAAUUG